AUGGCAGACCCUUUCGAAGAUGUCAUGAACCUUGAAGAGCAGUUCUAUCAAGAAGGUUAUCAGCAAGGAGUGGCAGAUGGCGCCAAGGCUGGGAAGAUGGAAGGAAGAGGGCUCGGUCUCGAGAAAGGGUAUGAGAAGUUCAUGGAGAGCGGGAGGUUAUAUGGCAGGUCCCUGGUUUGGGCCAGCCGCCUCCCGCAAGCCCAGGCAGAAUCGGGAGCGCGGGAGAGCGAGGAAAUACAGCCGCAUUCGUCUCAGCUUCCUCUGCUGUCAGAAAAUCCAAGGCUCAAGAAAAACAUAGUGACUCUGCACGCCCUGGUCGAGCCCGAAACCCUUGCGACAGAAAACUCGGAUGAGGCCGUCAAUGAUUUCGACGACAGGAUCAAAAGGGCACAGGGCAAGGCAAGGAUAAUAGAGCGGAUGUCGGGAGAUCAGGUGCCCCAAGUUGCGGACAGGGAAUUCAGGUCAAACUUGGCAAGCAAUGUCAGCAGAGGAAAUUCAGAAGUGUGA